AUGGCAAGCAAUAAGGGUACAGGUGUCACCAUGCACAUAAAGCCGGUGGAAGUUUCCGAGCAGCUGCAAACUGGAGAGAAGUUUAUCAAGUGGGACGAGGAUUCUGGGGUGGCAACGCCGGUGACUUUAAAAGUGGAUAAAUAUGGUUUUUACUUACACUGGGUGGAUCAAAAUAAUGAGAUGGAUAUGCUGGACAUAGCAAUUAUAAGAGAUACUCGCACAGGAAAAUAUGCAAAAAUACCAAAGGAUUCAAAGCUGAAAUCGCUUGUAACGAUGGGUUCUCAAGAUUCCUUAGAAGAUAAAACUGUAACAAUCUGUUACGGCUCUGACUUUGUCAAUAUGAAUUUUAUUAAUUUUUGCACAACGCGUGCAGAAAUAGCACAACAUUGGUCAGAACAACUUUUUCAAAUGGCAUACAAUUUGAUUCAAUUAAACACUAGCACAACUAUGUUCUUAUUGAAAGCACAUACCAAGCUUGCACUUACUGCUGAUAAAAGUGAACAGGUACCAGUAAAAAAUAUAAUAAAAAUGUUCGCACAAAACAAAGAUGACCGCAAGCGUGUUGAAAAAGCACUCGAUAUUUCUGGCUUUCCAUCCGGCAAAAGUGACGCCGUACCGCUGUUAAAAUUUCAAUUUGAAGAUUUCUUCAACUUUUACAAGUCACUGACUCAGAGAUCAGACGUGGAGAAAGUAUUUGAAGGAAUUAUUGGUAGACGUAAAGUGAUGUCUGUUUUGCAAUUUGUGGACUUUUUGAAUAAGUCGCAGAGAGAUCCGCGCCUCAAUGAGAUACUGUAUCCCUAUGCAAAUGAAGCAAGGGCAAAGGAUAUUAUAAAUCAGUACGAACCCAAUAAAUCUAAUGUAAACAAAGGACAACUAAGUUUUGACGGAUUCUUGAGAUAUCUUAUGAGUGAAGAUAAUCCAAUUGUUGCUGUCUCUAAAUUUGAAUUGUCUGACGAUAUGGAUCAACCGCUUCCGCAUUACUUUAUAAAUUCUAGUCACAACACAUAUUUGACAGGACAUCAACUUACUGGAAGAAGUUCUGUGGAAAUUUAUCGUCAAUGUCUUCUAUCUGGUUGUCGAUGCGUUGAAUUAGAUUUUUGGAAUGGGAAAUUUGACGAACCUGUUAUUGUUCACGGAUACACUUUCGUACCUGAAAUAUGUGCCCGAGAUGUAAUAGAGGCAAUUGCUGAGACCGCUUUUAAAACGUCUGACUACCCAGUUAUUCUCAGUUUCGAAAAUCACUGCAAUCCAAGGCAGCAAGCCAAAAUCGCUCAGUACUGCAGAGACUUUUUCGGGGAAAUGUUGCUUGAUGCGGCACUCGAAUCACACAAGUUAGAACCUGGUCAAGAGCUUCCACCGCCGGAGUUACUAAAGCGCAAAAUAAUAAUAAAAAAUAAGAAGAAGCAUCACCAUCAUCAUAAAAAGCAUCAGAAAAAACAACAGCAAGCUUUAGAUACUGUUGAAGGUACUACAGAGAAUGAAACUAACGGAAUGGCGAAUCUAUCUGCUGCGGGAGAAAACGGUCCUCCGCCGGAUAUUAUACCUCAGAAUGAAAUGGAUGAUGUCGCACCUGAAAAUGAACAGCAAAUUGGAAAUGGUGAUAUUCCUCAUCUGCCGAUGCUGCAACAAAGACAGGGUAGUAAGGACAGCGGCCAGGAUGACGAAGACGAAGAAGAUGAAUCGAGUACAGAAGACGAUGAAUCUAAUAUGGAAGACAUAAAACUGAGGAUAGGUGAUAAAGGGGCACCGGAUAAAUCUGCGGCCAAAGAGACAGAGGCGGGUGCAGAAAUUUCAGCUUUAGUUAAUUAUGUGCAACCCGUACACUUCAGUAGUUUUGAAUCGGCCGAAAAAAAAAAUCGCAUGUACGAAAUGUCAUCUUUCGACGAAAAGCAAGCUACGACUCUUUUAAAAGAAAAACCACUAGAGUUUGUGAAUUACAACAAGCAUCAACUAUCUAGGGUUUAUCCAGCAGGAACGAGGUUUGAUUCCAGUAAUUUCAUGCCACAAGUGUUUUGGAAUGCAGGAUGUCAAUUGGUUGCGUUAAAUUAUCAAACACUCGAUCUGGCAAUGCAAUUAAAUCUGGGAAUAUUUGAGUACAAUAAACGCUGCGGUUAUCUAUUAAAACCAGAAUUUAUGAGAAGGAAAGAUCGGCGAUUAGAUCCCUUUGCCGAAUCCACCGUUGAUGGUAUUAUAGCAGGCACAGUUCACAUUCACGUAAUAUCCGCACAAUUUUUAACCGAUAAAAGAGUAGGAACUUAUGUGGAAGUCGAUAUGUACGGUCUACCAGCAGAUACCGUAAGAAAGAAAUUCCGCACAAAAAUUGUGCCGAAUAAUGGUAUUAAUCCUAUAUAUGACGAAGAGCCGUUCGUAUUUAAGAAGGUAGUUUUGCCGGAACUUGCCUCGUUAAGGAUAGCGGCGUACGAAGAAUCUGGACGUUUAAUCGGUCACAGGGUACUUCCCGUAGUUGGAUUAUGCCCAGGAUACAGACAUGUAGCAUUAAGAACAGAGUGUGGGCAACCUCUACCAUUAGCGAGUUUAUUUUUACACGUUAUCGUGAAAGAUUACGUUCCUGAUGGUUUGAGCGAACUUGCUGAAGCUUUAGCGAAUCCUAUUAAAUAUCAGAGCGAAGUGGAGAAGAGAGAGAACCAAUUAUUAGUCCUUACAGAUUGUUUGGAAGAACCGGAAGAAAUCGAAGAUAAAAGUAAAAUUGGUGAUACUCCUAGUACUGCUAAACCAGCUGAGGAAGUUGUAAAAGCUAAACGAUUACAGUCCAUAGGUGAAUUGCCAAGUCUUUUACCAACUUCUAGUAGCUUAUAUAGUAGACCAUCUAUUGGCGGUUUAGGUAGUUCAGACACAGUGGAUGUGGACGAUGACACUCCCUGUUCCGCAGCUCAACCAGUCGAUACGUCUAUAAAUAAAAGCCCAGUCAAUGCUAGCAAUAUAAGUGACGAAAUAGUAGCCGAAAGUUUGGAAAAACUUAUGGAAAACAAGCUGGUCAAGGAGAAAAAGAUGGAACUUGACAAGAAACUUGAAUCUCUGAGGAAAAAGCAUGAGAAAGAAAAAAUACGGUUGCAGUCGCAGAAAGCCUCGAUCGAUGGCGAGAAGCAUAGAUCGAAAUUCUAUAUGAGCAACAGGCUGGUAAAGCGAUUGUCGAGUAAAAAUAUUAGUUUUUCGAGUGAAGUAGGUCUGAGCACCUUGACCAUGCCUGAGACUUCCGAAUGUCCGGAAAAUACGGAGACUCGUGAGGGAAAUGAAGGAACCAGAGGUUUGCCUAGAAGUCAAAGCGAACGAUUUUUAGCUGUAUGCAAAGCGCAUGUUCAACAAGAACGUGAUCUACAGGAAAAAUAUUACGAGAAUCUUUUUGCAACCGCCGAGAAAGUGAUGAGAGCAUCGCAAUCCAAUCAAUUGAAAAUGCUUCAGGUGCUUCUAGAUAGAGAAACUGCGGAUGUUAAACGAAAACUGCAAGCUACGAGACAAGGCGAGGUCAAACAAUUGGCCAAGGUGCACAAAGACAAAGCCGAGUUAGAACGUAUAAAACGAGAAGUUGCAAAGUCAACUGUGGAGAAAGGUGUAAACGAAUGUACGCGCUUAACGAAAAUUUACGACAAGAAGAGAGCGGAGUUGGAAAGACAACAUGAAGAAGUGCGGCAAAAAUUAGAAGAUGAGCGAGCCAAGGUGAAAGCUAACUUGCUGGCGGAGUAUAGUAGUCGCUACAGCAAAUAUGAAAGUGGUGAGUUACCCCUGUCACCGUCUGGCGGAGCUAGCUUGCCCGAAUCACUUAGCGAGAAUACAUAUUGACUCACGAAACGAGUCGUCUAGCUAUGUGUUAAAUAAUGACACGACAUUGAUUUAUGAAUGUCUGUGUCUCGUGUCGUAUGCAUCGUCCAAAGCAUCCAGUUAUGCAAUCCGAUGCAUCAAACGCGAAUCGCAGUCUGAAUUCUGCAACGAGAGAUACUUGGAGGAAAAAGCAAGAUAUUACUUGAACACGAUAUUUUUCCCAACACUUGUACAAGAAAGCGAGUCAAUAACAAUUAACAGAACGUUAGCACGUAGCGCUUAUCUACAGUUGCUCGGCAAUGAUAAAAUAUUCUUGCCAUCCCGCCGGGAAUUUGCCACCGUAUUGACGGUACUAUAACGAGAGAUUACGUGAUUUCAGGCAGCUCGGUGCUACA